AUGGCGGGCCCGGCCCCCGCCGCCCGGCCCCUCCGGGGACAGUCCUUCUACCUCGACCUGCCCGGCGGGAGGAGCGCCCGGCACCUGGCGGAGGCCAUCGAGCGGCUCGGCGGGGUGACCGAGAGCUUCCUCAGCAAAGAAGUCACGUACGUGGUGUCCAGCAACAAAGAGGCCAAACGGGACAGAGCCAGGACUGGGGAUGGAAAGCAGAGCAACCCAACUUCAAGAGACAUCAAAGCCACGAGCUCAGGGCCUCCUGCCUCCAGAGGGAACCCACCCAGACCUCACCAGAAGCCACCAGACACUGCCCUGCUGAGCCGGGGGAAGGAGCUGCUGCAGAAGGCCAUGAAGAACCAGGACACCUGCAGUGGCAGCAGCAUCCUCGCCAACGCCCGCCUGUGGGGAGUCCAGAUCCUGCACGUGGAUGAAAUGUUGUCCUACGCCCAGCAGCUGCUGGGAGCCAUCUCGGGAGUGAGGAAACGCUGCCAGAAGACGGAGGGGAAAUGCUUUGCCUCUGGAUCCAAAAUUCACAAAGGAGGAAGGCUGAAUCCCCCUUUUCUGAAGGUUGAAGACCAGAGCAGGCAAUUCCGGCCCUUCCAUCACCAGUUCCAAAGUUUUCCCGACUUGAACUUCCUGGCUCCCAAAAGCUCCAGCCCAUUUGAGCCUCUGAAAAGCCUCUCGAAUUCCUGCCAAGCCAGGGGGGCAGGAGGCUGUGCCCUGCGCAGUGACGGAGGGAAGAGCCCCCACUCCACCCCAGUGCCCAGGAAACGGAGGGGAUUCUGUGAGUGCUGCCAGGAGACCUUCGAAGAGCUGCACAAGAUGGGAACAUGGUAUAUCUCUGCUCUGACCUGGUCUGGGCACACUGUUUUUGAAGAUUGGAGCAUGACAUGCUCAUCUCUUGGGCUGGGAGAGCCUCAAGAAUCAUCCUGUUCCCUGAUCCAUAAGCACCUCCAGAGCCCCCGGCACCAGCGCUUUGCCCAGGAUGACUCCCAGUACAUCCCCGUGGAUCGUGUCAUCUCACAGAUCACCAACAGCUUCCUGCAGUGCUCAGACAGGGUGCCACAGUCCUGCCUGGCAGAUGAACAUUUAGUGCCUCAAGCACAUGGUACUGGAGGAGUGGAGAUGCUGACAGAGCUGGGAAAGGAAAGGGAGCAGCCUGAGCAGGGUGCUGUGGAACUGGUAAUGGAUAUGGAGCAGGAUCAUGACCUGAAGAUCAAGGGAUGUUCCCCCUGCCUGCCUGGGGACAGGGUCAGAGAUCCCAGAGAAGGAGGGGGGCUGUCAGAACACAGCUCUGUGGGGCUGCCCAGGGGAGCAGAGCUCAGGGGAGGGGUCUGUGCUCCCCCUGGCACCACGGAGGGGGCCGGGCUGGGGGGUGCAGGGCUGGGCUCGGCCCCUGCCCUGGGCUGGGGAUCCUGUGCAGGGGCUGCUCCUGUCACACAGGCAGUUGCUCCUGCAUCUGAACCUCGUGGCCGGCAAUUGCCUGGGUCUCUGAGCCACCCCACAGAGGCACUGCCUGUCCCCAGGAAGCGCCUGCUGUCCCCUAGCCAGAGCUGCCAGGUGGGGAAGAGGCCCAGGCUGGAGUGGGGGGAGCAGGAGGACCCAGUGCGUGGUGGGCUGGGGGCACAGGGUGCAGGGCAGAUGUCUGAGCCAGACCUGCCCGGUGUGACAGAGGCUGGCAGGCUGUCCCUGCACACACAGCUCUGCAGCAGACCUCGUGGCUCCCUGGCUUUGGAUCCGUGCCUGGGUGGGAGCCCUGGGGACCCGGGAGCCCUGGGAGCUGUGGAUCCUGCAGGAGCUGCUCCAGCCAGCACCGUCAGCGAGCGUGGCUGGAGCAGGGCGAGUGUGAGAUCCCAAGGGCAGCAGCUCCAAGGGGACGGUGCCACCCCCGGGAAUGGGAGCAGCCCGGAUCUGGAGAGCACAGUGAGCAGCGGGAGCAGCUGCCCCGCUGGCCGCCCGCCCUCUCCCACACCGCCCGGGGCUGGGGCCAGAUGUUUCUGCUCAGUCUGUGUCAGGGCGGCAGAAAAAGCAGCCCCCGAAGCUCCUGAGCUCCCCGGGCACAGCACAGAGCGGGCACCAUGCCCUGGGCUCCUUCCCCCUCCUGCCCAGAGCACACAGAGCACACGAGCUGCUCCUGGCGCCGGCAGGAGCUCCUCCGAGUCAGAGUGGGAUGUGCAGCUGCUCCCCCUGCCAACGGGUGUCCAGGGCAGCAGGAUCCCAGCUGCGGACAGGGAUGUGCUCCAGAGGACACACGGCAGGGGCAGGGACAGCGGGUACGAGUCCCUGUGCUCGGUGCUCCGGCGGGACCUGGAGCCGGGCUGGGCGGGCCAGGAGAGCGGGAACUGCCGGACCUGCUGCACGGACACCAGAGGAACCCCUUUCCCUGUAUUUGAGACGUUUUGUGGCAGCUGGACAAGCUAAAACCACCUCCUGGCUGCUCUCUGGACCAAAGUGGGAGAUGAGAAGGGGCUGGAAGGGGAUUUGGCCAAGCCAGCCUCCAUGUCAGGACCAGGAGGCACAUCCAAGAGCUGGAGUGAGGACCGUCAGCAUGAAGUUGGCACCACCAGCAGCUUGGACACUUCCUUCUCCUGUUGGGAACUGGUGGGGAUGCAGUGUCUUCACUGUCCCUGGCUGUGUUCUGGGCUGGGAUCUUCCCUCCUCUCUGCUAGCCAUGUUUAGAGCCAGCAGCUUCCUCUAGCUCCUCAUGGAGCUGCUGACACAGUGGUCCCUCUGGAAGUCUCUCUUCAGCAGGAAUAUGUUCUUUGCCCUUCCAGAGUGAAAGCAGGUGCCAAGACUUGGGAGGGGAGGGUCAUGGGGGUGAGAUUUUUGCUCCUUACAUGGUUUGGGGGGGUUGUCUUUGAGAAUUUACAGAUGUUUUUCACGUGGUUUUAACAUGGUUUGGUGUUUUUUAGCAAACUUUUAAACUUUGUAAUAAAGUGGAAGGUGAGAUCCUGCUCUGCCGUACA